CCUGCACCCAUCCCUGUGAGCAGCGGCCGCCAACCUUUAUCUAAAACUGCUGAUCGUCAGCUCUCUGUUUGCUGAUUACAACAUUCCCUUCCAGUCCGCAGAGCAGGUAGAAAGAGGGCGCAGCCCGGGGGGCAGGGUGCCAACUACUGAAAGGCUGCGGUGUCUACAGCGCACAGGGGGGACGAGGACUCGGUGCCCAAAUACUGUCCUGUACGGCUAACCACUCCGUGCCAAGAGAGAAGAUCCAUCAUCGGAUACAGGUGUACAGAUCGUGUGCCAAACCAGACGGGCAAAGACCGCGCCAGAACAGGAGUAGAGGCUGCGUGCCAGGCCCUGCUCCCCGGCUCCUCACAUCAUGCUGCCCCCCUUAUACUACCUGGUGCCCGUCCUGGGGGGCUAUGCUGCAACCUCCUAUUAUUUGCUGAAGCAUCCUCUCAUCCUGCAGAAGAGGAAGAGACUGGCAUUCCACUGCCGCCACAUCUCCCACCGAGGGGGAGCCGGAGAGAAGAUUGAGAACACAAUAGAGGCGUUUGAGAACGCCGUCGCCCAUCACACCGACCUCCUGGAGCUGGACUGUCACAUGACCAAAGAUGGCCGCGUCGUUGUGUCGCAUGAUGGCAAUCUAUUAAGGCAGACGGGACACAAUGUCAACAUACAAGACGUCACAUACGAGGAGCUGCCGCGGUAUAAGGAGUCUCUGGAGGUCACCUUCUUCCCAGGUCACAUGUCGACGGGCACAGACCACCGAAUCCCGCUGCUGGAGGAGGUCUUCCAGAGAUUCCCCGGUAAACCCAUCAAUGUGGAGAUUAAGGAGGACAGCGACGAGCUGAUAAAGAAGGUAUCGGAGCUGGUAAAAAGGUACCAGCGCGUGGACAGGACCAUCUGGGCCAGCACCAGCGACAGAGUCAUGAAGAAAUGUCGGAAAGAGAAUCCACAGAUGCCGUUCAUGUUCACUCCACGCCGGGGGAUCUUCGUCCUCCUCCUCUAUUACACAGGGCUGCUGCCGUUCGUGGAUUUACCGGAGUCUGUGGUGGAGACAUACAUGCCGUCCAUUAUAAACAGGACGUAUUUUCCAAAAAGCUCUUUGAUGAGGAAUCGCUUCCUGGUCUAUCUGCAGGACAAGCUGAUGGUGAGGAGGAGUCUGUUCCAGCAUCUCCAGGCCAGAGGCAUCCAGGUUUACCUCUGGGUGCUGAACCAGGACACAGAUUUCCGUCGAGCCUUUGAUUGUGGUGUCACCGGCGUUAUGACUGACUACCCUUCUAAGCUUCAUACCUUCCUGCAGGAAUAUGAGGGGGGGCAGAGGACUCAGGGGGUAGAUGCCCAGGACACGGCAUCAGGAGACGACCAGCAGAGGACGCACAUGUGAGCCCAAGACUCCUGUAUAUAAACCUAUAGGGACGUCUGAUCAUGUGAUCCCAGGACUCCUGUAUAUAAACCUAUAUGGACGUCUGAUCAUGUGAGCGCAGGACUCCUGUAUAUAAACCUAUAGGGACGUCUGAUCAUGUGAACCCAGGACUCCUGUAUAUAAACCUAUAUGGACGUCUGAUCAUGUGAGCACAGGACUCCUAUAUAUAAACCUAUAGGGACGUC